UUCUGAGAAUCAUUCAAGUGAUGAAUCAGAAACUUCAAACCUUUCAAAUAAUAAUAAUAAUCUUCGCAAUCUUAAAGUACCACGUUUGUCUAAAGAAUUUUUAAAAUGGGAUUCAAGCUGGCCAAAAAAAUUUUCAUGGAUAUAUCGUGAAGUGGAUGCUCAAACAAAUCUUAUGUUUUGUCAUUGGUAUCAAGAAGCAGGCAAACUGAACAGUUUUACCUCUACUCAAUCAAUAGAAGCUCAAGCAGAUAUUCAAACUUCUUUU